AUGUCUAUCUGUCACGACAACGACUUUAGUUGCCACGGCGCUGUCGCGGUAGUGGGUAUGGCCUGUCGACUUGCUGGUGGAAAUAAUAGCCCUGAAGAGCUGUGGAAGACUAUCCUCGGCAAGAUCGACGCCUCCACUGAUGUCCCCAAGAUGCGCUGGGAACACAAGAAUUAG